AUGAACAGAGAGAAAAGCAAAAGAGGUGUUAUGGGAAAGAUCAGGACAGGAACCAAUUCAAUCACAAAUCAGUCGGAGGGAGUGGCCGCACCUCGAGGAAACAUCCAGACGGUGUUACGAGGGGGUCUUGAUGGGGAUAACCGAUAGUCGUAAAACGGCCAAAACGAUUUAGCCGAUAGUCGUAAAAUGAAAUGAAAUCCACAGAGCAAACGGACUAGAGAACAACCAAAAAACAUCUGGGGGCGAGGUAUUCUGGCUGGUAUGUAG